AAGAAACAAAACAACAGGAUCCAAAGCAGUGGAAGAUGUAGAGUGUGCCGAGUUCGCCGGGUGCAGGAAGCAGAGCAGCAGAGAGCCUGGACUCUUCACACACACGCUCCUUUACACGGCGAUGGCACCCCAGAAUUCCCAAAAACACCACGCAUAAUCCACCCGUGCACCAGGCGUGUAGGACGUUGCGGAUGCAUGCCGUGAGAGUGUGGUAUAUAUGCAUCGCUCAGGACAUGCACUCGCCCAACAACCACCAUGCUACGCCGCUACUCCUCGCCCACCGCUGACUCGAGCGACGACGUUCGCUAUAUCGUGCCGCAGCCCAAGCAAGCCAACAUGUACACCCAUCACUGGUCGCAGCUUACAAACCUCGACAUGCUCGCAAGGGAAAUAGGCUACCACGACCUCCGGAGCCUACCUGACGAGCCGAGGUAUCAUCCGCAUCGUCUUGACCAACACCAACGACAGCCACCUGCCCGUCCGGCCUCUCGAGCGGAUAAUAGGCCAUAUAGACCGUGCCCGUACCCAGGAUACCAACACCCAAGAGCAUUGUCGAGCUCGUACCCUCGAACGUCUCCUUACGAGCUGCACCACCAACAAAAUCGUUCGCCAUGCUCUCCGAGACAUACGGCUACUUGUCCACCUAGAGCGCCUUCACCGCUCAGCCCCAAUGCGCGUCCCUUUUCCCUUCUUCAAACCCAAAACCAAAGGUCAAGUCAAAGUCGACCUAUAUCCCCUACACUCACCCCUCACCCCACCUCUCCUCGCUUCCACCGGCCCAUCUCCCCAACCCUGCCUGACCUCUGCCCCAACUCGCCCGAAAUGUAUCGCCAUUCCAUCAUCUCCCUUCCGUCCCCCUCGCAUUCCAGACCGGACUCACCGGCGAAUGCGAGUGAUAGCUUGAAGGAUAUACUCGAAAGACAGCCACAGUCGCAGUCGCAAUCGCGGUCACAGGGGCAAGGCGGGAAGGGGAAGGAGAAAGGAGAUAGAGAAGAGUAUGCUGAUGUGUGGAGAGGGGUGAUGGAGAGACGAAUAUGGAAUAUGGGAUAUUCGAAUCGUCCCCUACAUCUUCAAGCACCUCCCAAAGUUCGCACUCGACGGUCGACUACUCUGCCUUCAUCUUGCCCUCGCCCACUACAGCCACAGCCGCAGCCCAUCAACGUUACCCAAGUCACCCAAGUUACCCAACAUACUCCGCCUGCACCAUUUACCCAAAUCACCGUAGCCAGCCAGCCUAACCACGACCAGACUCCCAGGCCUACCCUCCAAUCACCCCCUAAGAAAUUGGCAUUCCUGCGUAACCUCUUCCCCCUCUCUUCCCCUACCAUCACCACCGCUGUACCGUCUACACCUUUUCCUACACCCCUGACUCCACCGCUUACUUCGCCUUUAUCGCCUCACGAGACAGCAGACGAAAGGGAAAAGGAAAAAGGGGGAAAGUUUGAUGUGGAUAAAGUAUACGAGCGGUUGAGGGUAGCAGAAGGGAGGGUAUCGUUUGAUGACUUGGGGCUAGGACUGUACUCGGAAGAUAGGGAGGGAGAGGGUGAAGAGGGCGAGGAGAUGGAGGGGAUAAGCAGCUUGAAAGACGGCUUUCUGAAACCUAAUGCGAAUGCGAAUGAUUGAAUAACGGCGUCGUUUGCUUUGGUGGAUACUUUCAUCCUGUUGUAUAGCUUAUACAUUACACAGACUUGUAUAACUGUGAUACCCCUUCGGUCAUAAGUAAGCGAUUUACCGUUGCGUCAAGGGGCUCAAGUAACCUGUAGCCCUUAGACACAAUCUCAUUAUUCCGGGCAGUUUGUAGAAGCGUUAUGCAAAGUAAGACAGUGAAUAAUAGAGUUGUAUAACGCAUGUAAAGUUGGAAUGAUAAUUGAGAAUGGAU